AAAACUUUAUACAUAUCUCCUCAUUAUCGACACCAUUUGAAGAAAAUAAUAUCAAAUUAUGAUGCCACUUUUAUUUUUAUGUUCAUCUUAUCGUUCCUUCAUCUUAUUCUUAGUCAUCAUCUUUUACUUUCCAAACCAUUCUUGUAUUGCUCGCAAGUCACUGCUCAUGCCACAUUAUUCACGUCUUCCCGCUAAUAACAAGGCUGCACAAGAGAUUUAUUUUGGCACUGAUUCGUCCCGUGUAGAAAACGGUCCUAGAGGAAUUGCGAACCUUCACAAGGUCAAAAAAAUAGAAGCUUUUCACAAGGAAAAGAAUGACAAUAAAAGCACAAUUUCAGGUACUGAAAUGAUUUCUCCAUCAUCUUUGUCCCACGCACGUUUGCUCAAGGCACUAAAAACUAAGGGUGCAAGAUUGUCAGCAGCCCAUGAUAUGGCAGUGGCUUCCCAGACUGGAAAUAAGAAUUUAUAUCGAGACAUUAUAGAAAUGGAUUACGAUCCACCACACCGUAAAUCACCCAUUCACAAUUAAAACUAAUCAAAUGUCUCAGCUUCUAUCCGCAGUUAUUUGUUUCCUGCAUGUAUACUAUUAGAGCAUGAUUAAAAGUACUUUAUCUUUUCAGUGGUAGCCUAGCUCAAUAAACUGAUCAUACCAUGAUAUAUUUUUCAUUCAACUGCUUAUGUACUUGGCUCGAUAGAAAUCAUACAUAAACUUGCAUUUUAAAUUGUUCUACAA